GGCCAGCUCAUGCAUAUAAAUACCGACUUCAAGACAGCAAAGGAAACUACAUCUUAGCAGGACAUCCCUCCAGAACGUGGACCAGCAUUCAUAAUCCCGGACACAAUGGCAGAUGCAAGCUUUCAAAAGGAAUUCCUGGAAACCCACAACGCCUACAGGAGGAAGCACAACACGCCACAGAUGACGCUGAGCAGCGAGAUGACUGCUUCAGCUCAGAAAUGGUCCGAGCACCUGCUGGCGAUCGGCGCCCUGCAGCACAGUGACACUAAGGACGGAGAGAAUGUCUUCAAUAUGUACAGCUCAGCACCCAUUAAACUGACAGGGAAAGAAGCUGUAGAUUCGUGGUACGGUGAGAUUAAGGAUUACAAUUGGAGCAGCCCUGGAUACAGCAGUGCUACUGGUCAUUUUACUCAGGUGGUGUGGAAAGACAGCACUGAACUGGGUGUCGGCUUGGCCACCGAUGGCAGGAAGGUCUUUGUGGUUGGGCAGUACCGGGCAGCUGGCAACAUGAACAUGGCGGGAUACUUUGAGGAAAACGUCCUCCCGCUAGCAUAAAGGCCGUGCAUUUUACAGCCGGCAGAGAGGUGGGUGGAGCAGAGAACACCUCCAGUAAGGGAGGUGGAGUGAGCCCUCGGAC